AGAAUGGUUCGAGAUGCAGGUGGUCUGUGCAUAGCUGAUGAAGUACAGACAGGCCUGGGUCGCUUAGGUUCACAUCUAUGGUCAUUUGAAGCUCAAGGCGUCACCCCUGAUAUUCUCAUCAUUGGUAAAGCUAUUGGUAAUGGGUAUCCAAUGGCUUGUGUUGUAACAUCCUCAAAUAUUGCAGCUCUCCUGGGAAGCAGAAUUAAAGAGUAUAAAUGCACAGCAGUGAUGAAUGCUGUGGGCUGUGCAGUGCUGGAUAUCCUGCACCAGAAUCAAUUUAUGGCCUCUGCAGCAACUGUGGGAUCAUUUCUACUAACUGAGCUGUCAAAGCUAAGAAGAAAACAUGAAUAUAUUGGUGAUGUCAGGGGAAGAGGUCUGUUGUUUGGAGUGGAAGUGGUGUGGAAUAAACAGAGCAAGAAGCCUGCUAAAGAAAUUGCCGAACAAAUUGUGAAUAGAAUGAAGCAAGAAAAUAUCCUUCUUGCUAAUGAGGGAGAUCACCGAAACAUUCUGAUGAUUAUGCCUCCCAUGUGUUUCACCCAAGAGAAUGCAGUUCUUUUAAUUGAGAAACUGGAUAAAGUCUUCACAGAAUCAUACAAUCAGAGACUUGUCAGAGACCGUGUGACAAGCAUACCAUCUCUGAACCAAAAUGUGCAAGCCAUCCCAAGUGUGAGUGAUGGGCGCCUGGGCAUUAUCCAGCCACAAGAAGAGGAAGAUGAUGAAUUAAUAGCUGCCUCAAGAGAUACAAUGGACCUUGAAUAUGCUCAGCAUUGCUAUCAUGACCUUGACUGAAUUAAGUUUUCUCCUGGAUUUAAUUUUUAUUUUUUUUUUUUGUCCAGACUUUGUGUAGGGAUAUGAUAUAUACCUUAUUCUUUUUUCAUGAAAAUAGAUUCCCUGUCCUUUUUCUUUAUUUUAUCAUUUUUGUUGUUUUUUUACUUUAUCCCGUACUUACAAAGAAAAAUCUUCAUCAUAAACAAGUUUGUUGUACAUAGAAGUCUUGAACGAAAGCAUUGUAAUACUGAUCAUAAGUGCCUAUGUAAGGGAUUAUAAAUGAAAAUGGUUAUUAAAUGAUGGUUACUAGAACUUUUUAAAAAAAUCUAUACAACUGUUACAUUUACAAAACUCAAGUUUUUGUGUUUUAUUAAACUUUGUAGGUACAUAAUUGUUGAUGGCACACUGAUCAAUGGCUCAACUUUACUAAAUAUUUCAGUGUACUACAACAGGAUUCUUUAUCCUCUUUGCAAUAAUGUGUAAUCAAAUUCUAAUCCAACAUUAUCUUCUGGUACAAAAAUGGACUAUUUAGAAUACAUUGAACAUGAAAGGAAAUGUAUGUCAAAAGUAUCCCUUAUUUAACUUCAUUUAACUUUUUUUUCUUCUUUUUUGGUCACCUUUGUCUAAAUGGCAUUUCUAUUAUACAAACAGUUUGUUUUAGUAAAUAUAAGAGUCUCUCUCUUUCUGAUGUCAUUGCUACCUCCUGUACUAUGAGAGUAUCACAAAAGAGUGGCAGGGGCUUUCUUAUUGCAUGGCAGUUGUUUUUUCUAUGUAUGUACAAAGUGUUCUUGUCUUUUGGUUUGUCUGAUUCUACAUGUUGUCAAUGGCAGGUUUGAAAUAAUGAUUCUCAUGUGUGACUGGGAUGUUUGCAGACUGUGAUCAAAAACUAGCUUAUGUGCUAGUGAUCUAUGAUAUAUUUUUUUACUUUGUUUUUAAUAAUGAUAGUCCCAUUAUUACCAAUGUGUAUAUAUAUAUAUAUUCCAGCAGUUUAAUAUGAUGGGAAAUCUGUUCCUUCUUGAUAUGUCAGUGGUCACAAGUAAUUAGGGGGAGCUAUUUAUAUCAUAAAUUGUAUUUAUUUGUCUUUGUUAGGGAAAGCUUAUACAAGUGUAGAAGAUAUUUAACAUCACACGUCUGAAUAAUCUACACCUAUAAGUGAAUGAAGGCAUGAGAGGGGUUAGUGCCAAAUAAAAAGUAAAAUCCCAAUAAAAAAAACUGAAUGCUGCUACCACAUAACUGUUAAAAAUUACAUGGUGCUGUUUAGUCCACCUAAACAAAUUGAUUUCAGUUCUUUCAUUAAUUAAUAGGUAAUGAAAAUUUAUUUCCAGCAUUUACAUUGUAAGCUAAUACACAGUACUAACUAAAGAUCAUCUCUGGAGACUGAUAUUGUUCUAUUUUGUUAGUAUUUACCCAUAGCAGUAUGUUAUCAUCAAAUAUCUUGGUAUUUUAUUGUUUUUCCUCUUGAAUGGUCUUCAUUGUUCAGUCUUACAGUGUUAAUUAAACAUGAUGUGCUGGAUUUUACUCUCCUUCAUUGUCAUGUACGCGUUGGUAAAUUGUGAAUGAUUACAAUUUCCUGAGCACCUGAGAUUGAUUGAUUGAUUGAUUGAUUUUUUUUUUUUUUUUUUGUGGCAGAAUAUAUUGUGUUUGUAAAGGAGAAUUAAUACUUGUAUUUCUUUAUGAACAUCAGUAACUGUCUUUCUUUUUUUUUCUUUACUUUUUACAGUAUUGUGUUCAUGAUGUUGAUAUAACCAGUGUGUGAACCCUUUAUGUAACUGCAUGCUAUAUUGAGAAGAAAGUGAGUGUGAAUGUUGAUAACAGAUAGCUGGAUUACUGAAGAUAAGCACUGCUGAGCUUUAAUAGUUAGCAUUGAAAAUCAGACAAGAAAUUAUUGAAAUUGAAAGAGGUUUGAACUGUGGCAAAGCAUUAUUUCUUGUGACAAUUGACACUAGCCUGUGCUAUUUCAUCUAAAUCCAUUCUUAUACAAGACUGUUACUUCACUUUCAUUGUACGGAAACUUUUUUAGAAGUCUAUGAGUUGUUUAAAUUAAUAUUAAAAAGUUAACCUUAAUGACAAGAACAGUAGUUUCUAUUAUAAGAUUUUCAUUGUACUUUGAGGGAAAUGCAUAAUAGAUAAUUGUAAAACUAUGAAGCUACCCUCACAUGACAAAUGUCUGAAGAGUAGUAGGAGUUCAAGAGCUAAUUAAAAAAUCAAGAGGCUCCAACAUAAAGUCUGUCAUUUCUCAUGUUAAGGCUGCUAAUGAUUAGACUUUUAGGCAUUUAUGUAAUAAAAAAAACUUGGUAACUUGGGGCAUUGUGGGAUAAAAUUGAGUAUAUUGUUUGAUAAUGAAACAGGCUUGCUGAAUAUACAAAUCUGAAAACCCUGAGUCCAUGGAAAUUUUGAUUCAAAUAAAAGUUUUUUUUAGUCAUAAUUUCCCAAGAAAAAGGGAUUGUAAUGUUGAUGUUAGUAUUCAAUAACAUUAUUUAAACUAUCAACUUGAAUGAUCCCUCUUUUUUUAUAAUAAAAAGAUUAAACACACAAAAGAGUAUCUAUCAGUAUAGCUGUACAUUUUAUCAAGGUUUUAGUAUUUUUACAUUUCAUAUACAUGAAAAAUCCUGCAACCUAAACACACAGAUUCUAAAGAUUAGAGUAUGAAGAUUUAACUAAAUAUUCUGGCUGUGUAAUGGUGAAAGUUCAUCAUCAUUUUAGAAAUGUAUAAGUACCACUCGUUGUAAAUAUAUUAGUCAGUUGGUGAAAUGAAGAUUAUUUGAUAACCUGAUAAAGAAACUUCAUCUGUUAGAAAAUUAUUAACGAAUAGAAGCUCUUGUCCAUUAAAUCUAAACUAAACCUACAUAAUGCUGUGGUUAAGAAAUCAAACUCUACAGUAUGUUUAACUGUAUAUUGUGUUUAUAAUAGGCGGAAUGAUGAAAAUGCUGUCAAUAAAUGUGAUAUUUCUGUUAUA